AUGUCUGACGACGAGGAGCAAUACUCGAGCGAAGAGGAGGAGGUCGAGGAAGUAGACUCCGACAAUCCGGAAUUUAUGAAGAGACAAGAACAAAAGAGAAGCGAUCUCGAUGAACAGCUUAAGGAAUAUAUUAUGGAAUGGCGGAAACAGAGGGCCAAGGAAGAGGAAGAAUUAAAAAUGUUGAAGGAGAAACAAGCUAAGCGCAAAGUCAGCCGUGCUGAGGAAGAAAAAAGAAUGGCCCAGAAGAAGAAGGAGGAGGAGGAACGUCGUCAACGUGAAAUUGAGGAGAAGAAACAACGUGACCAGGAAGAAAAGAGAAAGCGUCUUGAAGAGUCGGAGAAAAAGCGUCAAGCUAUGAUGCAAGCAAUGAAAGAUCAGAGCAAAAAGGGACCCAACUUUACUAUUAACAAAAAAGAUAUGGGAAACAUGUCAUCGGCGGCAUUGGAACGUAACAAGACAAAAGAACAGCUAGAAGAAGAGAAGAAAAUCUCUUUGUCAAUUCGUAUCAAGCCUCUUGAAAUUGAGAACCUUUCAAUCGAGAGAUUGCGCUCUAAGGCCAAUGAUCUUUGGGAGACAAUUGUUAAGUUGGAAACUGAAAAAUACGACUUGGAAGAGCGUCAGAAGCGUCAAGACUACGACUUGAAAGAGUUGAAGGAGCGACAGAAGCAACAGCUGAGGCAUAAGGCCCUGAAAAAGGGUCUUGACCCCGAGGCGUUAACCGGAAAGUACCCCCCCAAGAUCCAGGUGGCGUCCAAGUACGAGCGUCGUGUUGAUACAAGAUCAUACGACGACAAGAAAAAAUUGUUCGAGGGCGGUUAUGAUACGGCGUUAGCUGAACUGAACGAGAAAUUGUGGAAGCAAAAAACUGAACAGUUCAUGAAGCGCACGAAAACGAAAUUACCUAAAUGGUUUGGAGAAAGACCCGGCAAGAAGAAGGACGACCCCGAGUCACCAGAGGGCGAGGAAGACGUCAAGGCUGCCGCCGACGAGGACCUAGAGCCUGCAAUGGAAGAGGAAGCUGAAGAAGAAGAGGAGGAGGAAGAAGAGGAAGAAGAAGAGGAAGAGGAAGAGGAGGAAGAAGAAGAAGAGGAGGAGGAGGAGGAGGAAGAGGAAGAAGAAUAA